GCUGCAAGUGCGCCAGCAUUGAUCUCUUAAUCACACGACCAGCAAGACUAUCUAACCUGGCAUGAAUUGCGAAGGUAUGAUGCGCUCUUCUGCUUCUCGUGGCAGCUGUGUCUCAACCUUAUUCAAUGCUGCCUAAUUUUCCUCAUCUACUCGUAGUUCGAGCCUUGUACUAAAUCUUUUGUUCCUGCAUUUCAACAUGCUCUGCGCGUACUCGACACCCCGACGGUAUUGACAUCAUCAUCAUCAUUGCGUCUAAACGAUAUGCUUCCCAGAUUUUCAGUCCUUCUACUGCUGUCGCAAGCGGUAGCUGGCGCGUUGCCGCUACCGCCUGAUACCGUACAGCAACCUCUAUACGCACAAGUCAACGAGCCUCCCAAUGGCAUCUCAGUUCCAUUCUUCGCAUCGGUUGAACGCCUCGCUCGCUUGGUGGACAUUGCAUAUUGUGUUGGCACUACGGGACUCUCACGUCCAUUCGAAUGCGCAUCGCGCUGCAAGGACUUCCCCACACUCGACCUUGUGACGACUUGGAACACAGGCGUCUUGAUGAGCGACAGCUGCGGCUACAUAGCGGUUGAUCACGGUGCCAACCUACAACCUGAACCUACUGCGAAAGUGUACGGAAGCGACGUGUCGGCUGUGGAUAAGAAGCAUGGCGCCAUCAUCGUCGCUUUCCGUGGGACAUACAGCAUCACGAACACAGUUGUGGAUCUCAGCACUGUUCCUCAGGAAUACGUCCCAUACCCGUCGCCGGACGACGGAGGAGAUCAGCCGCCAGGGGAUCCCAAACACAACUGCGAUAACUGCACUGUUCACAUGGGUUUCUUGGCCUCGUGGAAGAUUGCUCGGGAGGACGUCCUGCCUACUUUGAAGCCGCUGCGCACCAAAUACCCCGAUUACCCGAUCUAUUUGGUGGGACAUAGUCUGGGUGGCGCUGUAGCUGCAUUGGCUGCUCUGGAGAUGAAUGUUGCUCUUGGCUGGGACAACCUGGUGGUGACCACGUUUGGGGAGCCGAGAGUUGGCAAUGAGGGAUUUGUUCGGUUUCUCAACGGAGUCUUCGACCUGGCAGGCGAGAGCACAGAUGUUGAAAAACAGACGUAUCGGCGAUUGACUCAUGUUGACGACCCCGUACCCCUUCUACCGCUCUCCGAAUGGGGAUUCAGAUCGCACGCAGGCGAGAUAUUCAUCUCCAAAUCCGAUUUGUCUCCGUCUCCCGAAGACAUUUGGUCUUGUGUGGGAGAUUAUGACCCAAAUUGUAUUGCCGGGUCCGAAGGGGAGACGCUCUCGGUGACACGUCAUGUCAUUGCUGCCAGAGACCCUCAGUCGUCUCUCUGGUCCUCUUGGAUUCGCAAGUUCUGGGGCUUCCCAUCGCGGCUGAAGCUUUGGCAACUCCUCUUCGCUCAUCGUGAUUACUUCUGGCGCCUGGGAGUUUGCGUUCCGGGCGGUGAUCCCCUUGAUUGGGGCAGAGAUAGAUAUCCCAACAUUAGUUCAAACGAUGAAUUAUAGGGCAAGGGCUUGGAAAUUGGAAGGAAAAGGCCACAUACAAGCCCAAGGAUCGUGUUAGGACAAGUUGCCAAGGUCUUCUUUAAGCUUUCAUUCGAGCAUGACUUUCGUCUUUGGCUUAAAAGAAUGGAAUAACUACUAUUCAGUCGUCAGUUGAGAAUGACAAAAACAAGGAGUUAUUGUUGCAUAGUGUAUAAUAACUAACGUACAUAUCAUGUUUCAAGUUACAGAUUUUAUCCCGCCU